CACGCGAGCUUUUCACUUCCUCCUAAUUCUGGUCCCGCCUUCUUAGUUUAUCUUCCUGAGAAUGUCAAAAGAAAAAGCAAAAGAAGAUAUUGGUUCUACUGCAAGAGGUCUUUGGUGCCUGCUGUUCCCUUCUUACACACAUCUCCCGGGACUGGGUCCUUCUAACUUCUCUAUUGUUCGGUGAGUCACUUUGCUUUCCCGUUGUUGCCUUGGGUGAAUUCUGCGCACACCGCACAAGUGCCCCGCACUCCCUCCCGGCCCUCUGCUGGGGCUAAACGCUUCCUAGCCAAGGUCAGCGGCCGUGCGGCUUCCAGUACCCAACCCCGAGGGAACGGAACCGGGGGCACCGCGCCCCCGCCCAGCGCCGCGCGGGGCCGGCGUUCCGGCCCUCUCUUCUCCCGGUCCCGGCCGAGGCACUCGCAGUGCCCCCACGGGGUGUGGCGCGCGUUCCAGCCCUUGGGCAGCUGGCGGGCGCUAGCCCCAGGCGCCGUGACCCCGCGUCUGAGUCCGUCCCCAGGAGGGUGCGGAAGCGGUGGCGGCUGCCCCUGGGUGCGGGCUCCCGGCUGAGGUGGGCGCGGCUCGGCAAAGGAGCCUCGAGCGCCGCCCGGAUGCUGCAGCCUAGCGGUGGCCUCUCCGAGAGCAACGCGAGCCCUGGGGCCGAGCCUUCCCUGGGCGCGCUGGGGGCCGGAAGGGGGCUCUGGACUUGGGUCCCUCCCCCUUUCCUUCAGCUUCUCGGAGCACUCCUGCUCUCAGACCCUCGUCCUCCCAGGUACGAGCCGGGAGAGGAGGGCGCAUCUCUCCUCCCGGCACUCCGCCAUGGGCAAUAUCUCCAAUGACUCCUUGCCGAAAGACUGCAGGUCUCUGGAGUGGCUCCGCUCCGGCGAAAGCCCGGCCAUCAGCUCGGUGAUGUUCUCGGCCGGGGUGCUGGGGAACCUCAUCGCGCUGGCGCUGCUGGCGCGCCGCUGGCAGGGGGACGCGGGACGCAGCGCAGGACGCGGCAACUCUAUCUCCCUGUUCCACGUGCUGGUGACAGAGCUGGUGUUCACCGACCUGCUUGGGACCUGCCUCAUCAGCCCGGUGGUGCUGGCUUCCUACGCUCGGAACCAGACCCUGGUGGCACUGGCGCCUAAGCGCCGCGCGUGCACCUACUUCGCCUUCGCCAUGACCUUCUUCAGCCUGGCCACGAUGCUCAUGCUCUUCGCCAUGGCCCUGGAGCGCUACCUAGCCAUCGGGCACCCCUACUUCUACCAGCGCUGGGUCACGCGCCGAGGCGGCCUGGCCGUGCUGCCCGCCAUCUACACGGUCUCUCUGCUCUUUUGCUCCCUGCCGUUGCUGGACUCCAAGCAGUACGUCCAGUACUGCCCCGGGACGUGGUGCUUCCUCCAGCCCGAGGACACCACGUACCUGCAGCUGUACGCCACCGUGCUACUGCUCCUCAUCGUCGCGGUGCUCGCCUGCAACUUCAGUGUCAUCCUCAACCUCAUCCGCAUGCACCGUCGGAGCAGGAGAAGUCGCUGCGGACCCAACUUGGGCAGCUGCCGGCAUGGCCCUGGGACCCGCAGGAGAGGGGAAAGGGUGUCCAUGGCGGAGGAGACGGACCACCUCAUUCUCCUGGCUAUUAUGACCAUCACCUUUGCGGUCUGCUCCUUGCCUUUCACGAUUUUUGCAUAUAUGGAUGAAACCGCCCAAAAAAACAAGUGGGACCUCCAAGCUCUUAGAUUUUUAUCAAUCAAUUCAAUAAUUGACCCUUGGGUCUUUGCCAUCCUUAGGCCUCCUGUUCUGAGACUAAUGCGUUCAGUCCUCUGUUGUCGGGUUUCAUUAAGAACACAAGAUGCAACACCAACUUCCUGUUCUCUACAGUCCAAUGCCAGUAAGUAGAUUGACCUUUGUCGACAAUAGUUAAGAAGUGCUUCAUUAGCCAGCAUCUGGAAGAUCAUUUUGAAAUGGCUGCUUGGAGAAAUGAGAAAAGUAAGUUUACAAAUCCAACAACGCCACCCUAAUAAAACAGAGUGAACAAACCUCUCAGCGAUAGAUUGGGGCUACAGAGGUGCUGACAAGGCACUUCAUGGAAGGUGUUGGAAGGAUCUAUAAGACCUACCCUCCAUGAGCAGGUCAAUGAGGUUGGGCUUUGGAGGAAAAACCAACUGCUUUGAGGAUCCAGUUGCCUUUUGAUUUAAGCUUUCCUGUUGAGUGAGAAAGCAUGUGGUUUUGUAAUUUGUUUAAAACCCUAAAUAGUUACUGUGUUUUCUAUUUUAAUCUUCUACGCUACUGUCGUUAUAAACAUGCAGUGUGCAGUCAGACCAGAUGAAACUUCGGGUGUCUCCUCUACGAAGGCAGUACUUGGAAGCGACUAAGACUGGUGUCUUGUGUUGCUUAACAAACCCUUUGUCUGGCCAAUGAAUUUGGAAAUCACAGGCACUUUGUACCGUCCUAUUUGUGUAUAUGGGAGGUCUCUCUGGUCACCACGGUAUUAUGUGUGAAGAAGGCUCAGCUGGUUAACGUCACCUUUUUACUAGUCCUUUAGAAGCUGUGUGUCAAAGUAUUUGGUUAUUUAUUUUAUAAUGUCCAUUGUGCUAAGAGUAAUCAAGAACACUUUUGGAAUUUUCCUCUCAACAAGAAAUAAUAGGCUAUUAAGAGAGUCUCAAAUUCUGAUUAAUACUCUUCAUUCUAUUUCCAGGGAGGGGAAAUGUGGCUAUGUCUGUAGCUGAAUAUUAGAAUUAAAAACUGAAAAAUCUGGUCAAUUCUCAAUAAACCCUGAAACUCCUCUAUUGCUCAUGAUGAGGCUGUGACUAACAUCUACUUGAUAAGAUGACUGUGUUUUAGCAAAACUCAUGCAUCUACACUUUUAUCCAGGAAACAUGGUUUGACUCAUACUAUAUAGGAAAUCAUGCAACAGUGAGUCAUGUCUUAAUAUGUUUCUAAAUCUAGAUGUUUGGCAUGGUAUAAACCCGACAUCAGUGUUUCAGCAAAUUUGCACCGUUCAAUCAUCUUAGUUACUGCGUAAACUCAUCUGAAAUGUUAUGAAAAUAAACUAUGAAACAAAAAUUUGAAAA